AUGCGUAAGUUUAUUUCAGCAUUUGGAUUUAGUAACACUAUUGGAUUCAUUGGUUUGGGUAAUAUGGGAAUUGGCAUGGCACAUAAUCUGGCCAAGACUCGAGUCGUAUAUGCAUACGAUGUCAGUCCUGCAUGGCAAUCAAACAUUGAAUCAUCCAAUAUUAAACCUGUGAAUCAGGUUGCAGAUGUCGCUGCAAAUGCAGAUACAAUCAUUACAAUGUUGCCAAAUGACAAGAUUGUCAAAAGUGUGGCCUAAGAAAUCUUCAAGAAGUCAAAGAAGAUAUUGAUUGAUUCAUCUACAAUCUCUCCCUAUACCUCCUAUGAAUUGGCCAAAAUGGCUUAAGAUACUUAAAACAUUUACGCAGAUGCUCCAGUCUCUGGCAGUGUUAGUGAGGCUAAAUUGGGAACCAUCACAUUCAUGGUUGGAGCAGAGAAGGAAUUAUAUGAAAAAAUAUCUCCAAUUCUCAAAGAAAUGGGAAAAAAUAUUUUCAAUUGUGGAAAGAUUGGAGAAGGACAAAUUGCUAAGAUGUGCGGCAACAUGGCUUUGGCUAUUCAAAUGAUAAGUGUUUGUGAAGCAUUGGCCUUGGGAAAAAACAUGGGAAUGGAUCCAGCCAUGUUGAGUUCCAUAAUGUCUGUGAGUUCUUCAAGAUGCUGGACUGUGGAUACUUAUAAUCCAGCACCAGGAGUUAUGCCUAAUGUUCCUAGCAAUAAAGAUUACGAUGGAGGAUUCAUGGUUGAAUUGAUGCUCAAGGAUCUUGGAAUUGGUAUCGAAGCAUCCAGGUUAAGUGGAACUGAUACAUAAUUAGGAUAGCAUGCUUAUUAGAUCUAUAAUAAACUGAAUGAACAUCUUGGAAAGAAAGAUUUUGCAAUUGUCUACAAAGAAUUAAUCAAAUGUAAAUGA